AUGUCUACGGAGACGUCAACUUACGCUGAACUUGUCAAAUCAUUGGAUCAAGACUAUAUCUUGGAAAAAUUUCCAGAUGUAAUUCCAUUAAACAACAGACCAAACACACGCUCAACAGAGUCCUCAGAGACUUCAGACAAUCUUCUCAAUGGUUAUGACGAGGAACAGAUCAGAUUAAUGAACGAGAACUGUAUCGUGUUAGAUUGGGAUGAUAAUGCUAUUGGUGCAGGAACCAAGAAGUUGUGCCAUUUGAUGGAGAACAUCAAGCAAGGUUUACUUCACCGUGCUUUCUCUGUUUUCAUUUUCGAUGACGAAGGAAGGGUGCUAUUGCAGCAACGUGCAACUGAGAAGAUCACUUUCGCCGACCUUUGGACAAAUACUUGCUGCUCUCAUCCAUUAUGUGUUGAUGAUGAGCUUGGUGCAAAUGGUUCUCUAAAGGCUAAAGUGGCAGGUGCAAGAACCGCGGCUGUGAGGAAGUUAGAACAUGAACUAGGAAUCCCACCACAGGAAGUGGAAACAAAAGGUGAAUUCCACUUUUUGAAUCGUAUUCACUAUGUGGCUCCAAGUAAUGGUGCUUGGGGUGAGCAUGAAAUCGACUAUAUAUUUAUCUACAAGUUGAGAAAAGGAGAAAAACUUACCGUGCUACCAAAUGAUAACGAAGUUAGAGAUAUUGCUUGGGUGUCUCAAGACGAACUAAAGAACAUGUUUAACGAGGGAAAAUUAAAAUUCACACCAUGGUUUAAAUUAAUUUGCGAUAAUUAUCUAUUCGACUGGUGGAACCAACUUGAUGAUUUGCAAAAAGUUGAAAAUGAUACUGAAAUCCAUAGAAUGUUGUGA